UUAGUUUCUAUUUAAGAGAGUGUAAAUCUGAAUGAGUAGAGAAAGUAAAUCGGAAAUUAAUAACAUCUAAUAAACUUUUGAUACAUUUCCAAUUUUGAAGAAGAUGAGUAAGGGUAGGGUUUAUGCGUGCAAGAUAUAUAAAUAACCACGAUUCUCAAACAAACAAAGGUUAAACAAAAAUCUGAAUACUAACGAAGGAUGGCUUCCUCUUCCUAUAGUUUUGUCUUUGUUUCUGUGGCACUUCUGCUACAACUUCUCUUAGGCUCUGCUUCGGCCUCCACAAAGUACAUCGAAGACAUAUGCGAACAUGUCAACAACAAAACCUUCUGCGUCGAAACUCUAAACGCAUAUCCUCCGGCGGUUUCUGCCACCGGCAAGUUCCAAGCGGCUAAGGCCGUGCUCCGCCUUGGCAAAUCUUACGCCCUAAAAUCGGCGAGUUUCAUUAGAAAAGCAGCGAAGGAUAAACCUAGCUUGAUGAAGCAAUUCAAGGCGUGUCAAGAUGCCUACGUGCACGUUGCAAUGUCUCUCAAGAGUGCUGCGUCGGAACUCAAAGAAUCGCCGGAAACUGCAAACUAUGACGUCAUGGUUUGUACCGACAGCACGACGAUAGUGAAGGAUUUGGUCGGGAAAAAUAGAGAUGUGGCAGCCAAGAAAGUCAUGACGAUGACAUUGAAGAUGGAGAAUCUCAUUGCCCUAGCUGUUGGAGCCACCGAAGCUGUUGGUGGAUGAAGAUGACCAUGAGAACACGUACCGUCGUUAGAUUUUCCAUUUUUUGGUUUAGUUUUGUUAAAGAUUUUUUUAUUGGUUAAACUUUUCUCGGAUAUUGUGGUGAUUUAAUUCUUGGGGAUGUGCAAUAUUUUGUUUUUAACAGGAUCAAUACAUUUCCUUUUUUUCACUGAAACAUAUGGAUAUGUUUAAAACUAUUUUAAUCUAUGAUCUAAUAAUUGCAGCAGAAUGUUAGCAAACCAAUAUUUUAUGUCAUCAUUAGUCAGAAUUUCCUUAACUUUUUUAUUUGUUACCUUGUUGAAAAGAAAAAGAGAUGUCAAUAUCUUUAUUCCUAAAAUAUCAUGAAUUUGUCAAGCUAUAUAGUAUAAGGCUAGUUUU